UCAGAAAUUAAUAGUAAGGAACUAUAAGCAUUCUUGUGAUGGGAAUGGUUGGUUACACCGUAGCUCUGGUGGUGAUAACAGUGAUAGCCUCUCCUUGUGUUUAUGGAAAACAGUUAUCUGAUCAACAAGAAAUCAAAGUACAAAGACUUUUGAAGCGGCUCAAUAAGCCUGCUCAUAAAUCCAUUAAGAGUGAAGAUGGAGAUAUAAUAGACUGUGUUCCAAUAACUAAGCAACCAACUUUUGACCACCCUCUACUUAAAAACCAUACGAUCCAGAUGAGACCGACUUUUGUUCCGGAAGGUGGUUCUACGUUCACCAAGAAAGAGGCAAAGGCUAUAACACAGGUGUGGCACAAGAAUGGAGUGUGUCCAGAUAACACUGUUCCUAUAAGAAGAACAAAGAAGGAAGAUAUCUUACGAGCAAAAUCCAUUGAGAGUUUCGGGAAAAAGAGACAUAAGAGUUUCGGGAAAGGGACUCAUCAGAGCAACCCUGGAGAAGGCCAUGAGUACGCGAUCAUGAACUCGAGGAACGGAAAUUAUUAUGGGACAAAGUUUGUAAUAAAUAUGUGGAGACCAGAAGUUGAAGUUCCCAACGAGUUCAGCUUGGCUCAGACUUGGCUUGCGUCUGGAGAUGGCUAUGAUACUAACACAAUUGAAGCUGGUUUGCAGGUUUGUCCAGUAUUGUAUGGUGACAACAAUCUUAGAUUGUUUGUUUACUGGACGAGCGAUUAUUACCAAAGUACAGGCUGCUACAACACUGGCUGUUCAGGUUUUGUUCAGACGAGCAAAGUGAUAACUCCAGGUGGAUCCUUCGCUCAGGUCUCACAAUAUGACGGAGCUCAGUACGGCCUCCCCAUGCUUAUAUGGAAGUCCAGCGGAAACUGGUGGCUAAUGAUCGGUGAAGAGUAUGUCGGGUACUGGCCUGGCAAUAUAUUCACUUCUCUGGGAGAUCGAGCUACGACAGUUCAAUGGGGAGGUGAAAUUGUAAACCAAAGGACCGAUGGGAGACACACAAACACCGACAUGGGAAGUGGCCAUUUCGCAGACGAAUGGUAUAAGAAAGCGAGUUAUUUCAGGAAACUAGAGACAGUUGAUGGAGCAAAUACUCUGAGAGAACCACAAGGACUUUAUCCCUAUGCAAGUAACGGUAACUGUUAUAACAUUAAAGCAGGAGGUACUGGUAGUUCUUAUUGGGGGCAUCAUUUCUUCUAUGGGGGUCCUGGUCGAAACGCUAAUUGUCUUUGAUUUGGAUCGGUGUGCGCCAAAGCUUUUAAGUAUUUCACAUGUGUGGUUUAAAUAAGAACAUCUGAUAGUCGUGGUUUAAGAAAAAAAAAAAAAAUCCACGUCAUCAUGGUUAUGUUUC